UACUUUGUUGUCCUUACCUAAACAUUGAAUUUAUUCUACGCAGUUUUCACCAGAUCUGCAAUCAAUUUUAUGUAAAACGAGAUGCUGCAAUAAACUAGUGUCGAUUGUGAACUCAAAGUCAAAAAGAAUCUUCUCGUAAUUGUGACUAUUUAUUUUGUGUAUAUUUUAUAUUCGUUUUAAUAUGGUGUGAUUUAUUGUUUAAAAAAACGCUUCGAAGUACAUGUUCAAAAAAACUGAAAACUGAAUAAAAAGCCCCUAAUAAUACGAUAUCAAAAAAUGGCUGACCUUUGUUUAAUUAGAGUGCAGGAACUGAACAACAACAAUGUUGAAGAAACCCUUAACGACAGUGAGGGAGCCAUCGGCGGUUCCGGAUCUUCAUCGACCGACGACAGUCAGACCAGUUCGGAACUGGCAGCCAGCAUGGGGGGCAGCAUCUGGACCGAGGAAGAGCUGGAUAGGGAUCCGCAUCGAGAGGUUUUCUAUGAUGCCUACCGGGACGUUCCGAGCGAACCCGAAAUGGACGAUUCGACCGAAAAUGUCGAGGAGCUGGGGGAACGCAAACCACUCUCGUUGAUCGAUGACUGGGAGCUGUGGGAUUAUAUGGACGAAGAAACGCUCAAAAAGAGGCUGAAAAAUCAUCCCGAACUGCUAGAGGAAAUAACGCGAAAACGAAAGCGGAGAGCCCUCGAGGAAAAUGACGAUGAAGAUCUCUGUGCGGUCAUGGAGAAGCACGCCAAAGUGACCAAAUUAAGUGAGCAUGCAACGCUAUUUUGAUUUCAUGUUCCGUGAUUAUUUUUUUGUCUGUCGGAUUAUCUCUCAGAAAUUUUAUCUUUUAACUAGGACGUUCCCCUUUGUAUAUUGUGUAUUUAAACAAGUCGAGCACUGAUCUAAAUUUUUAUCACAGCAGAUUAGAACGUGUUACUGAAUUGUAUAUAAAUUGUAUUUUACCAUAAUUAUUAUCAAUAAAUCGAUUUUUUUAAGUGGA